CAUCCACCCUUCACUCCUCCCCCCCUCUCUCUCUCCACCCCCCCUCUCUCUCUCCAAAACCACAUUUCACAGCUGUAAACACUUUAAAACAUCCAAAACCCCAUUUCACAGUUGGAAACACUGAUGAAACAUUGUAGUCUAGUGUAAAAGUUUCGUUUCAUAGACUUAGCCCUAGUCUCUCUCUCUCUCUCUCUCUCUCUCUCUCUCUCUCCAAAAUCACUCUUAAAGCCCUAGUCUCUCUCUCUCUCCAAAAUCAUAUUCUGUGCUUCUCCUAUGGAUACCAAAAAAUGAGCUGUGUUUAAAUUCCUUUUCAUAGGUGUGUUUCUCUCUUAAACAACCUUCCAUUUUUCAAGCCCUAGAAAUUUUGUGAGAAAAAAGAGCUUAAACCCGCAAUGGGUUGUGCGCAAUCGAAGAUCGACAACGAGGAAUCCGUUGCGAGAUGCAAGGACCGGAGGAACUUCAUGAAGGAGGCGGUUUCCUUCCGAAACGCCUUUGCCGCCGGCCAAUCCGGCUACGCCGUCGCCCUGAAGAACUCCGGCGCCGCCCUCAGCGCCUACGCCCAGGGCGAGGCCGAAAACAACGACCACAACAACGACACCCACGACGCCCUAAACUACUACCACCACGGCGCCCCCGCCACUCCUCCUCCCCCGCCGCCGAUCAUGGACGCGACGACGCUGCCCCCUCCGCCGCCGCCCCUCCCGACGUUCUCUCCGAUCACGCCGCCGCUCCAGCGGUCGUCGACGAUGCCGGAGCUCGCGGUGCCGAAGAUGAACCGGAAGAUGAAGAGCGUGGCGAUAGACGAAGAGGACGAGGAGGGCUACGACGUUGGGAAUGAGGAGAGGGAUUUGCAUCGGCGGCAGAAUGGGACGCCGGAGCCGCCGCCGCCGCCGCUGCCGGAGAUGAAGGGGAUGUCUUGGGAUUUCUUCUACAUGGUCGAGAACAUGCCGGGGCCGUCGCUGAGCGAGUCGGAAGACGUAAUAAACGAGCAGAAAGAUGAGAGUGACGACAGGUUUCAUGAGGUUGAGAUGAAGACGCCGGAGAAAGUGGCGGUGGCGCGAGGGUUUGAGACGGAGGAGGAGGAAAUGGUGACCCCUGUGAAUGGGAAUGGGAACGCACAGUUCAUGCAUUCGAACACGGCCCCACAUGAUUAUAGGAGAGGGAGUAAUAGUAAUUAUGGUAAGGUGGUUGGGGGGUCCAGUGUGAAUUUGUUGAAGAUAUUGGGAGACAUUGAUGAUCAUUUCUUGAAGGCAUCAGAGGCGGCGCAAGAGGUGUCAAAGAUGCUUGAAGCCACUCGGAUGCAUUAUCACUCGAAUUUCGCAGAUAACCGAGGGCAUAUAGACCAUGCUGCAAGGGUCAUGCAAGUUAUUACAUGGAAUAAAUCAUUUAGAGGUGUACCCAAUGGUGAUGGUAUGAAGGAUGAUUUUGAUACAGAAGAAUACGAAACACAUGCCACUGUUCUGGAUAAAUUAUUAGCGUGGGAGAAAAAACUAUACGAGGAAGUAAAGGCUGGUGAGCUUAUGAAGCUCGAGUAUCAGAGGAAAGUUUCCCUGCUGAACAAACUGAAAAAACGUAAUGCUAGUACUGAAUCAUUAGAGAAGACGAAGGCAGCUGUAAGUCAUUUGCACACAAGAUAUAUAGUUGACAUGCAGUCCAUGGAUUCAACAGUUUCUGAAGUAAAUCACAUACGUGAUGAUCAGUUGUAUCCGAAGCUGGUUGGUCUUGUUAAUGGGAUGGCGAAGAUGUGGGAAUUAAUGUGCACACACCACAACGAACAGUUGAGAACUGUGACAGAUCUCAAGUCCCUUGAGAUCUCCGGAGCUCCAAAGGAAACAACCAAACACCACCUUGAGCAAACAAAAGAGCUUUGUAAUGUUAUCGAAGUAUGGCAGUCUCAAUUCGAGAAGCUAUCAACUAAUCAAAAACACUACAUCCAAGCCCUUAAUAGCUGGCUGAAGUUGAAUCUCAUCCCCAUCGAAAGCAGCUUAAAGGAGAAAAUCUCAUCGCCGCCCAGGAUCCAGAAUCCCCCAAUCCAGGUCCUCCUCCAUUCGUGGCACGAUCAUCUUGAAAAGCUCCCGGAUGAGCUUGCAAAAAGCGCAAUCGCCUCUUUUGCUGCUGUGAUAAAAACCAUUAUGUUACAUCAGGAAGAGGAGAUGAAGCUAAAGGAUAAGUGUGAGGAAACCAGGAAGGAGUUGUUGCGAAAGAGCCAGGCAUUUGAUGAUUGGUAUCAGAAGCACCAUCGAAGAACACAAAAUGAUGAUAUGGAGCCCGAUAGAGGUGAAGGUUCAAAUCACAAGGAUCCUAUUUCAGAGAAGCGGUUUGUAGUGGAGAGCUUGAAUAAGAGGUUGGAAGAGGAAGUAGAAGCUCACCGGAAGAUGUGUGUUCAGGUGAGGGAUAAAUCAUUGGGUAGUCUCAAAAUUCGGUUGCCGGAGCUCUUCAGGUCCAUGUCAGACUAUUCUCAUGCAUGUUUUGAGGGGUACGAAGGAUUGAGAUUAAUCACUCAAUCACAGAGCGGCAAUGGUCGUAGUUCAUGAGAACCUGUGAGCCCUUUCUUGUUAGGUUUGUCGUCCAUGGCUUAAAACCUUGUCUAGUUUAUGGUCUACUAAGAUUGUUUAUAUUGGUUUCUUGUUUCGCUGUCUGAAAUCUUCUUGAUCCCAUGUGGGAAAAGGUUUUGCAUCA